AUGUCUAGUUACUUUGAUGAUUCUCCCCAUACGCCUGUUGACGACGUGCAAGCUUUCUACAAGCCAAGUGUCUCCCCGGGAGUAGACGAGGAAGACACUCUUCUUCAGGAGAAAAUACGAUUGCAAGCGGCCAGUAUAGCGGCCUUAGGGAUAAAGGAUACCUCAGAAGACAACAUAUACAAGACGGCAACAUUUGGCGGGCAAGCCGUUCACAGCGUUUCUGAAGCAGACAUGUUCAACUUCGACAGGGUGUUGCCUAAACAAUACAUCAGGUUCUACGAUUCAAAUCUCAGCGAAAUCAUGGAUUAUAUCUUUUCUUUAUACGAGCAGCAUUCGUCUCAGGCAAUUCUUCCUGCUGCCGUUGUGUACCAGUGUUUAAGAUACGCUGAGUCGAAACUAGAGUCUGCUGAGCUGGUUGAGUCUUUCUUGAACCUGUUUCUAACUAGACUAAGAGCUGUUACCAACACCAAGAGUGGAGUCAUGUCUGUUGAGACUUCCAGGAUGGACAUUGUGAUGCUGAGUUACUGGCUUUCUGCCGUCAACUCUUUGUAUUACUACCUGUACAGGGACACAGCUUGCAAGUUCUUCACCAAAUACCCUAAGAUAUUGCAAGAACUGGCCACAACUCUGCAGUCUCUGAUCACACAACUGGCAUUUGCACUCAACAACAGACUUGAGGCGUUUAUUGACCCAUGUUUAUUGGAGUAUUCGAGUGUUCCUGGUGUAAAGGACAUCAUCUACAAGAGCGAUUGGCAUCUGUUUCGUCCCCAGAAGAAUCACAAAACCACAUAUGAUGAAGUUCUGGAGAUGCUGUAUCCGCCCUCUAUCCAAGAGCAGAUGAAGCCAUCACCUUUGAAGAUUAUCCAGACCUUAGGCGCUCUGAUGUACGUUCUUGAGCUGCACCAUAUUAGUGAUGUGAUCAAGCAACAGACGUUUUCUGCAGUGUUGUAUUGGCUGGGAGCUACCAUAUUCAACAGAUUACUUGCAAACAAGGCGUAUUCGUCCAGGGCAAGGUCUCUGCAGAUAAGACUGAAUGUUUCGACCAUAGAGGACUGGCUCAGGUCAAAUGACUUCACACCUUACAAACCCUCCAAUAUCCACUUCAGCAGUCAGGAUUACCCCGAGUCGAUCGUUGGGUCCCAGAUUCGUCUCCAGAAUGUUGCACGUUUUAACAACGAUCUCAAGAACCCACUUGACGCCAGUUUCUUCUACAACUCGCUUUUCAAAAUAGGUAAGUACCACCUGACUCCUGCGAUUGAGCUACUGGAAUUCACACAAGUCAUGACCACUUUGGGAGAUCUUGAGACUUUGAACAAGACAGUAUCAAGCUUCACGGCAGUAGGUCCCACCCACCUUUUAGCCGUUGUCAAAAACUAUCGUUACGAAACAGAGGAGACCAAGUUUGCCAAAUUGUUAAAGAACGACCUGAAAGCUCUGAGUGCGAGCGGAAAGCUCAAGCUAUCGCAUGUGUUGUUCUACAGUGGGAAUGAAGACAAUUUGUUUUUGAAUGCCAGCCACAUCUUCCCUGUUGCUUUGCCCAACCUCCUAGAACUGCUGCAUCAACACGGGUUCGGGGUUGAGGCCUAUGAUCCAUCAACAGCCAAAGCUUUCCAGCCUAUGUUGCCCUUGGACGUGGUAGAUGCUAUUGACAACAUAUAUGACCAGCAAGAGAGCAGAGCGAGAGAGUAUGAAAGAUACGGUAACAACACCAGUGAAGAUGAGGAUGAAGGCGAAGAUGGCUCCAAGCCCACCGGGGCAGACGACAGCUUCAAGGGCACUGAGAUGUUCAAGGAGGUGAAGAUGCCUUCUGGUUUGGUCCACAAGACCUGGGAGAGAGAAAAUGAGGACGAGAUUAAUCCAUGGGCGUAA